AUGGAGAGACACACCGACGUGCUCCUAGUGACCGCCAAUGUUGGCUCACUCUUUGAUAAUGUUGGCGAGAUCCAAAGUCAAUGGUUGAAUGAGCUGUACAAGACAAUCCACACCUACCGGCCACAGUUUGUCGGAUUGCACUUUCAAGAGGUUGGAGGAAAAGACUAUACAGCCAACAUGGGCUAUGCUGAAAACUUCUUCAGAAGCAUAGAGGAAAGUGAAGAAAUGAGAGACUUUGAUCGAGUCUGUAUCUACAUAGAUAAUCGCUUUCAAGCUGAGGACAGCUUCACGGCUCUGGGAAGCAUGUAUUUCAUUCACAAAAAACUGAAAAACAUCUUGCAAUAUGAUUUUAAAGUGAAGGAUUUUAGACCCGUGCCCGGGCAGAACAAGCAUGUCGGCUCUUUGGACGGCGUCGCUACCGUGCAGAAAGAAAAAUUCCCAAAGAAUUUCUGGCCUGACUUCAAAUGGUCCAGAAAAGGCUUCAUGAGGACACGCUGGAUCAUUCAUAAUCGGGCUUUGGACUUGGUCAACAUCCAUCUUUUCCACGAUGCCUCCAACCUGAUUGCCUGCACCUCCAGCCCCUCUGUUUACUCUGCAAACCGCAAAAACGCUCUUCGAUAUGUCAUUAACAGGUUAUCAGACAAUCAGCACACUCCCAUGCCUUUUAUCCUCUUUGGAGACUUCAACUUCCGUCUCGAUGCACUCAAUCUUGUUCAGCAUCUGUCCACAUCAGCUGAGGUCCAAACUGUGAAGAAGGACAGCUCUAAUGAGGUGGAGAAGAUCAUUUGUGAGGAGAAAGAUAAUGACCAUAAAGUAUUACUUCACAUUGAGGAGAAGUUGUUCACUUAUCUUCAUCAGGCAUUUUUCCGGGCAGACAAUGGAAAAGCGCUUUUAAAAUACGACAAAGAGGUUUCAGCGUUUCAUGAUGUUUUAAGUGAAGAAGCUAUCAAGUUUCCCCCCAGUUACCCUUACAGUGAAGACUACACUAAGCCGACCCAGUACAUGAACACACGCUGUCCCGCCUGGUGCGACCGUAUCCUCAUGUCCCACUGCGUCCAGGACCUCCUCCUACACUCAACAGAGGACAACGAGCACAGCUUGGUCUACAACACCGUGGGUCCCAACGUGUGCAUGGGAGACCAUAAGCCUGUUUUCUUGUUCUUUCCUCUGAAGACGAACGACCGUUGA